AUGGCUCGUGACAGACUUGCAGCGAUGAGGGCCCAGCAACAGGGCGGCAGCGCGUACACUGGCAACCCGUCUUAUCCGUCCCAGCCGUCGUACGACCAGGAUCCCUACCAAUCCAAUGGAGGUGGUGGAGGGUACGGCCGUCGGGCGCCCAACCCUUACGCGCAACAGGACGAGAACCCUUUCGACCAGGGCGGCAACUACGAGAUGGCUGACGUACAACACUCGCGUGCCAACCUGACCGCCGGCGUACAACCGGCCGCGGGAGCUGGUGGGGAUGAUAUGUCCGCGUUCUACGAGGAGAUCUCGCAACUGCAGGAUACUAUCAAACAGUUCAAUGGGAAUGUUCAACGGAUUGGUGACUUGCAUGCGCGCUCAUUAAACAAUACCGACGAGCAAACCGCCGCUCGGGUCGAGCAGGAACUGGACGCCCUCGUUAACGACACUAGUGACUUAUCAAACGUACUCAAGCGCUCGAUCAAGGCACUUGAGCGCCGCGGAGGCGCCGGGCGUGAUGGCCAGAUUCGCAAGCAGCAGACCGCGCUUGUGAAGAGCAAGUUCGUCGAGGCAAUCCAAAACUACCAGCAGGUGGAACAGCAGUACCGCCAACGCUACAAGCAGCGUCUUGAGCGUCAAUACAAGAUUGUCAACCCGAAUGCAACACCGGAGGAAGUUAAAGCCGUCGUAAACGACGAAAAUGGCGGGCAGAUAUUCUCUCAAGCGCUCAUGAACUCCAACCGUUAUGGCGAAGCGCGCUCGGCUUAUCGCGAGGUUCAAGAGCGUCACGAAGACAUCAAGCGUAUCGAGAGGACAAUUGCAGAACUCGCACAGCUGUUCAACGACAUGAGUAUACUUGUCGAACAACAAGACGAGACGAUCAAUGUUAUCGAACAGACUGCAGCCAAUGUCGAGACGGAUGUUGAGACAGGCUUGGGAUACACCGAGAAGGCCGUUGUGUCUGCUCGUGCUGCACGCAAAAAGCGCUGGAUCUGCUUCGGUAUCGCGGUCGUGAUCAUCAUCAUCAUCGUGGUUGUGGUUGUCAUCGAGGUGAAGCCUGGCAGCAACAAGUCAUCAUCUUGA